GGCAGCGAUAACGGCGGUGGUACCGGGAGAAAAUAUAUUGCUCGGAAAAAUUUCUACAGCGGGCACCAACGAUAACAGCGCAGGGAUGUAUACAUUGCAGAGAGUUAGCCGGUUAUAAUACAGACUAGACCACAGCAACAGUCGACAUAGUCAGGUUGCUUUAACCACUAGCUUAUUAUUGUAAAAAGAACUAUCAUCGUCACCCUGGCCUCCUCAAGUGAGAUUCGAGAAAAACUGCGAAAGAAAGGGCGUGCUUUGCAAGAAAGUUUGGUAAAAAACAAAAAUGAGGACGACGUUCAGGCUCUGGUUCCGUCGACCAAGUUGAAUGAGGAGAAACGUCAAACUACGAUGAAGGAACCUCCAGGCAGCGUGGAAGAUCCAGGAGAGAAUCUGAGACGCACUUUUAGGGCUCAGAGACAGAGGCGGAAGAAAAGGCUGCUUGAACAGUCUUCAGCCCAAGAGUCCCAAGACGAUGUGGAUGAGAUAUCCACCAUUCAGCCCCACAGUGAAGAUGAGGCAUCAGCUGAAAAGGCAGCUGACCCAGAGGUUUUGUCCAGACUUCCAACUGGUUCUCAGAGAGGCCUCUCCUCAAGACUUCAGCAUACUGCUGGCUCUCAGCAUUUAGAUGACUCUGUGACACGACAUUUGGAAGAGAAGCUGAGAGCAGCCCGAUCUAAAGGUGAGAGCCUUCAGCAGGAGGAGGCCUCUCGUGAGCCAGGCAGUCGCCUACAGAGCCUCAGAGACAGAGACACUGUAACAAGGUUUGACAGAGAGGUUGAUCCUGACAGAGCUGGAAGACAUGAUGUCCCUCUGGACCUCGGUGCCAAGGUCAAGUUCAGAGAAGCAGCAAGACAGACAGAAAAGGGCCUGCCGACUGCUGAAGAAGCAUACAAUUUCUUUACGUUGAACUUUGAGCCAGAUCCACAAGGUGGGACCGAGAGGAUUAGCCGGAAAAGACAAAAACAGAAAAAAACAGCUGGAGGGGUCAGAGAUGAAGAGGGAGAAAAUGAAGCUGAAGAGCAAGAAGAUGGUGAAGUAGAUGAUGAUAAUCAAGAUGAAAAUGAAGACCAGAGUGAAGAAGCUCCUCUUGUACGAGAUGAAGAGGAAGAUUUAUUCAUCAUUGAACAAUCGUCCCAAGACUUCCUGGAAGUGAGAAAAGCAGAAUAUGUUGGGUACCGAAAACGUAUUCAGAGGGAGAGAGAAAGUGAGCUUCUCUUUACUCCAAGUUUCCGAAAAGUGCCAACCUCCAUAAAACUGCCUGAAAACAUGGAGCCCCGUUAUCUAGAGGACGAGGGUCUGUAUGUAGGGGAGAGGCCACCUGUGUCCCUGACUAAUGAGAACAUUCUGGAGAACCGCAUCUUGAAAAUGGAAGAGGGAAAGGAGUGGUUUGGAGAUGACGGCAGGAUCAUGGCUCUGCCUGACCCCAUAAAGGAAUCAUCCACAAGACCACCUCUCUUCCACAUGGAGGAGGUCCUGGACCCUGCACUGCAAACUGUAUACAGGAAGGCACUGAAGUCCAAGUAUGCAAAUCUGUACAUCACCGGUACAGCGGAUCCUGAAGGAGACUACCAACUGGAUGUUGAUGUCUCUGGGCUGAUCUUUUCCCAUCACCCACUCUUCAGUCGUGAGCAUGUCCUGGGGGCUCGUCUAGCUCAGUUGUAUGAUCAGUACCUCACCAGGCAGCACAAUAACCUCACAGGACACCUUACUGACAAGUUGAAUGGAUUGAGGAGUGCACUGCGGAAUAUGCUUGAGAUCCAUGGCGGCCAGAGCCUCACUGAGGCCAUGCAGCAGAGGAUAUCUGAGUACAGUCUGGAGGUUCGAAAUACCCGGCAGCUGCGAGACACUGAGCAGGAGAAAGACCGGACUCUUCUGAAGAACAUAGUUAAAGUAUGGAAGGAAAUCAAGGCACUGAGAGACUUUCAGAAGUUCACCAACACACCUUACAAGCUCUACCUCAGAAAAGAGAAUAUAAACCGGGCGACAGAUGAGCGGGAGUAUGAAGAUGAAAUCUUGGCAGAAGUUUUAGAAUUGGAGGCUGAGAGCGAGGAGGACUACCAGAGAAAGCUGGCUGAGUACAAGAAACAGCUGGAGGAGUGGAAGCUCUCGAGAAGAAAACAGAAAUCCAAAAAGAAGAAGAGAAAAAAAAAGAAGGGUCAGGUACAGGACGACACAGAAGAAGAGGAUAAAGACCAGGAGUUAAGCGAAUCAGAAGGGCCCGUUGAUGAAGGCCCCCCAAAGCCAGAGCCACCUAACAAGCCGGACUUUGACUCUAUAGAGCAGCGAGUCAGAGAGAAAGCCUUUAGGAUACGCAGGAAACCAGGAGAAUCCAUCCUGAUCCCUGAGCUGUCGGCAUCUGGAAACAUCACUGCCAGUGAACUCUGCCCCAGGGCAGAAAUAGCUCGAAGAGAGGAUGUUGCGAGGCGCUCUCUUUUCAUCAAGAUCCUAUACAAUGACAAAGAAGUUUCCCGAACUGACAGCCGCUCCCUGAACACUGAUUUCAGAGUGCACUUUGGUCAGAUUUUCAAUCUCAAGAUAGUUAACUGUCCCCAAAGCAUCAAUUUGCAGGUGUUUGAGGAGAUAGGAUCAUCAUGUUCCCUCCUUGCUCAAGUGUUCAUCCCAGUGCCAGAACCCUCAGUCCUGACGGGUAGCGUCCCUCUUGAGGAAUUUGAGUUUAGCAGCAAUCAGAGAGUUAUGUUCGACCAUGAGGGAGUUGGAAGUGAUGUCCCCCUCUCCUUCGCGGCUGAUGGCAGUAACAAACAGACCCUGUUGACCUCUGGUAAGGUGUCGUGCUGUGUUUCUUGGGGAAUUGGGGAGGAUGAUGUACCACUCGCCCCUCCUGUGUCUCAACAACCUGGCGGCAUACACAGUGGCUUGGGCCGUCUUGAUGCUGUCACAUAUAUUGGGGCAUCUGGACUCUAUGAUAUGAAAAAGAUUGGGGAGUGGGCCACACAGUCACGACUGGACCCCAACGAUCCAACAAAUGUCUCCAUCAUGCAGCUGCUAAAAGUGGCCAGUAGUGGAGAGGUGACAGCUCCAGGGUACUUCCGUCUAGAACAGCUGCAGGAGGAGUUUAACUUUGUGACUGAAGAAGAGUUUGAGAGUUCCAGAAGAUUUCGCCUGCUCAGGCUCAGGAACCAAGAAGUUGCAGAGUUUCGAAAUUACAAAUAUGUUCCUGCUCUGGAGAGGGAGGUCACUGAUAAGAUGUUCCAGGAUUAUGAGAAGAGGCUGAAAGAAGGAGAGAUAAUUGACACCAAAGAACAUCUGGAUUCACACAGAGCUUUAGUUGCCAAAUAUCUUCAGAAGAUCCGAGAAUCGGUCAUCAACAGAUUUCUUCUUGCCAAGCAUCACUACCUCCUGUCUGACUUAGUGAUUGAAGAGGAGAUACCAAGCAUUGGGAUUCUGGGAAUCAACCUUUUCAAGCUGGCUGAACCCAAACGGCCACUGAGACCUCAGAGAAAGGAAAGAAAGAAGGUGACAGCUCAGAAUCUGUCAGAUGGAGACAUCAAACUGCUGAUCAAUAUCAUCCGUGCCUAUGACAUUCCCAUCCGCAGACCCCAGAGCAACAAACCAGCACAGUCGCCUCAGACCGCCAUCCAUGGCAGUGAUUGGCUCACCAACCAGGUGCAAGUGAGGCCAUUUGUGGAGGUUUCCUUCCAGCGCACAGUACUUCAAACAACCACAGCAGAUGGACCAAACCCCUGCUGGAACGAGGAGCUGCAGCUGCCAUUUAGUGCCCCAAAUGGUGACUACAGCACUGUGAGCUUGCAGUCAGUCAAAGAUGAUGUCUUCAUCAACAUAUUUGAUGAGGUGGUUUAUGAAACUGGAGUGAACGACAGAGGCAGUGGGAAAUCAGUACACACCCGAGCAGAGAAGCACUGGUUAGGCUCUGUCAGGAUUCCCUUUAGCACCAUUUAUUCUCAGUCCAGGAUUGAUGGAACAUUCAAGGUGAACACCCCAGCAGUGCUGUUGGGGUACAGUAAGGAGCGGAGCCAUGGCAAUAAUGGUGGUUAUGAUACUUUGCGGAGCCUGAGCGAGGGAGCAUUUAUCACAUUGUUCAUUACCAUCGAACCUCAGCUGGUGCCUGGGGAGUCUAUUAGGGAGAAGAUGAAGGAAGUGAAGUUUGACAGCCAGGAGGAUGAGCGUUUACUGCAGGCUUCAGAGACAUUUGAGAGAGAAGCAGCACAGGCAUAUCCGGACCGACCCUGCUUUACCACCGUCAUAGACCUCAACGGGAAGACGGUCUUCAUCACACGUUAUAUUCGACCCCUCAACCCUCCACAAGAGUUACUGGAUGCAUUCCCUAAUAACCCCCAGGAAGCCACGGCCCUGGUUGCCCGAUUUGUCUCGCUCAUCCCUUCUCUGCCAGACAGAGUUUCUUUUUCUGGUGUUUGUGACCUGUGGAGCACCUGUGAUCAAUUCCUCACCCUCCUAGCAGGAGAUGAAGAGGAACAUGCUGUACUGUUGUGCAACUACUUUCUGUCUAUGGGCAAGAAAGCCUGGCUUAUAAUUGGCACUGCUAUACCGGAGGGACCCACAGCAUAUGUCCUGACCCUUGAGCAGAGCCGCUACCUGAUCUGGAAUCCUAGCAGUGGUCAGUACUAUGGCCAGUAUGACACUUUCUGCCCACUGCAGGCAGUCGGUUGCCUGGUCAAUGCUGACAAUGUGUGGUUAAACAUUCAAGAGUACACUUCACCAAUGAGGAUGAGUUUUGACAAUACAAAAGGCAAUUUGUGGAAGCCCUUUUUCUCCCGAUCAUUCUCCCACCCUGGGCUGUCUAGUGUACAGCCAGAGGAGUUGGUGUAUCGACGCGUAGACAAAGCAGCUGCAGCAGAGCUUCAGGACAGAAUUGAGAAGAUCCUGAAGGAGAAGAUCAUGGAGUGGCGCCCUCGUCACCCAACCCGCUGGAACCGCUACUGCACCACCACCCUGAAACAGUUCCUGCCCAAACUGGAGCUGAGCGGGGGGCAGGACGUGGCUGAGGGGCACCGCCACGAGUUGCAAAGCCUGCUGGGAGACAACAGGAUUUCAGGAUUCCCCCUGCAUCUGCCGUUCUCCGAGAUUCGGCCCAUCAUAGAGGCAGUGUACAGCACUGGAGUUCACAAUGUUCAGGCAUCAAAUGUGGAGUUUGCCCUGGCUGUAUACGUGCACCCCUACCCUAAUAACGUCCUGUCUGUGUGGGUGUACCUGGCCUCACUCGUCCGCACAUGAUACAAGAGACACUCAUCUCACUGUGUAUCACUGUGCUUUGCUGCUUUUGUAGGUAAAUGAACUUUCACCUUGAUAAAGAUGAUUACAUUACUCCCAUUAUGUUUGCACACUGUUGUACAGUAUAUCAUAUGUAUAAAAUGUAUAUCAGGUAAAACUUGACAAUAUUUAGUAAUGAGUUUGAUAUCUAUACAUCAAAUCCAAUCCAGUCACCUUGUCCAAGAGCUGUUUCUUAUGUUUCAAACAUUUAACAUACAUGGAGGAAAAGAAUAAUACAAAUAUAUGGGAACACCUUACAGUUUAGUCCAACACCACUGCUAAAAGCAGCCUCAAAAACUUACCAUAUAGUUUCCACUGACCAUCUCAACACAAACAGGACUGCAACCUUUUCAGAAAAUAUUGCAGAGCUGUUGCAUUGGAAAUAUGUAAUUAACUAAUAACUCAAUAUGCUGGGCUCUUGAAUUAUGUCACAUUUGCAAACUUUACAAUUUGUGUUUACACAGGAAU